AUGGAAAACAGUCAUAAGAUUAAUAAGAUGUAUAAUGACAAAGAGAAAUUCUCCUUGACACAGGAAGGGAGGAAUACUUGUGAUGAGCUGCAUCUGACACAGGAGGUUCACAGCUGCUUUUGCACAAGCCUCUCAGAGGAGGUUGGACAUGCGGCGUCACAAGAACGUUCUCAGCGGGUUUUAGGUAAGCAAAUUGGCCUCAGCUUACUGCCAGUUUCCGUCGUGCUAGGUGGAGCUACAAACCCAGUGCUUUGCCAAGAAACUUGUUUUUACUGGUGCGGUAGAGCUCGGUGCUUCAGAAGCGCUCUGGUUGGGGCGGUGUUUUGGCAGGAGCGGAGCCGGUGGCGCUGGGAGGUUUCCCGCCGGGAGGGGGCAGCUCGGCCGGGAUGGCAGCAGCCGCGCUUACGGCAGAGCUGCUCCUGCGCCGGGUCUGUGAAGGAAGGAUCGAUCCGUGCCACACAAGCCACCCCCGGAACUCCAAAAGAUCCCAGUUGGAAACACAAGCCAAAGAAAGACAGGAGAAAAACUGAAAACCACAUGGAAAUUUUGCCAGGCUCUCCAUUGCCAUGGGACUGCACAUCUCCAGCAAGCUGCGAGGGAGAAAGCCUGGAGAACUGUCACGACCCACAAGGUGUCUGGGACAUCUCACACUCUGUCACAUCCCACAAAGUGAGCACAGCUCCCCAGAUGUGGGGGCCAAGCGUCCCACAGAGCAGGAACAGGUAGAGUUCCCCAGAGUGGGGGUCGACCCAUGGAGUUUCAGACUGGACCCCAUUGCUUGCUCAUUUCCAGAGAGGAGCCUCAGUGCAGCUGGGCCCAAUCCUCCUCCUCUAAUUUAUCUCUUUCAACAACCCAAGUGGGAAGAUUGAGUUUAGGAGUUGUCUGCACAGUGCUCUAGGCAUAAGAUUAUUACCCAGGAGGUUUGUAUAAGAACACACCUUUACUUAAAAGUGAGUAAGAUUAUAAAGCAAGUCAGAUUGCAACUUGCAAUCUAGAAAUGAUGGUACUUUCAAAGCAAUGGAUUGCAAUUUUGCAAAACUUAAGGAACUUGUCAAAGCAACAGGUUACAGCUAACAGAACUUAAGAAAGCAAUGGAUAGUAAAGCAUAACAAAGUUAGAAAUUAUGUUACCCUCAUGUGCCAA